ACUGUCAUGUGACGUAAGGUGGGCAACGUGAUGUGUACAAAUUUUGUUCCACGUCGAAACCAACCGUGCUUGUAGAAAGUCAAGAAAGGUGGCCGGUCAUUUAGUUUAGAGACUUGUUAAAAUACAAGCAAGUUAAGUGAGGCUGUGAGAUCUUGUGGUUCAGUAAACAUGAACAAAUUAAUAUUUUUAGCUUUAUUAGUGUUCCCAGCAGUCAUUUUCAUUUUCGAAAAUGGCAAAAUGGUAUCGUAUGCUGAAGAGGACCCCAUUGAGGACGAAGUAGAAGUUGAAGGGGAAGUGGACUCUGAUGUUGAAGCGACGACUCCAGAUGAAGAAGUGGAUGAAGAUACAAAGUCACUUUCAUCACCAUAUGCUGAUACUACCCUGUUGUUUGUGAAGCCUGAAUCUACUGGAGCCUCUCAACUAGAAAUUCCGGCUGGCCUUCCUGUCGAAUUCCUUGUAGGAUUCCGCAACAAAGGUGAUCAAGAUUUUGUUGUAGACACCCUUGAAGCUUCCUUCCGCUAUCCAAUGGACUUCAACUUCUUCAUCCAAAACUUCUCAGCUGUUGGAUAUAGCAAAAUUGUUCAACCUGAAGAAGAAGCCACUUUCCUCUACAGUUUCCUACCAGCUGAAGCCUACGCAGGCCGACCAUUUGGAUUGAACAUCUUGUUGAACUAUCAUGAUGCUUCAGGAAACGCUUUCCAAGAAGCUGUCUUCAAUGAAACAGUCCAAAUUGUUGAAUUAGAAGAAGGACUUGAUGGAGAAACAUUCUUCCUCUAUGUCUUCCUCGCCGCUGGUGUAGUAUUGCUUCUGGUUAUUGGACAACAAACUCUGCUAUCAGUUGGUAAGAAGCGCAGUGGAGGAAGUGGAGGUAGCAGCAGGAAAUCGGCACCUGUUGAGACUGGAACUAACAAUCCAAACAAUGUUGACUACGAUUGGUUGCCAAAACAAACACUAGCUAGCUUAAACAAGGAAAAGCUGCAAAAAUCGCCCAAAGGCAAACCACAGAGCCCAAGGCAGAGGAAAGUCAAACGUACUACUGGAUCAGAGUAGUGUUAACUAGUGACUGAAUAAAAAAAUCAUCCAAUUCGUUUUCAUCUUGAUCAAAAGACUCGUCAUUGAAGUUACUAAAUUCUACUUCAUCAGAAAGACGGAAAAUUACUACUUUCUUUAGAUGUAUCUAAGAAAACGUUUUUUUGUGGAACAUGAAUGGCUUACAUAUGUAUUAAAAAUAUGUGUGGAAUAAUCUUGCACUUCAGAAUAAUCGAUUCUAACACCAAUAUAGAAACGUUUUCUUAGAGUUUUCAUAGACUGUCAUUACUGUACGUACUCAUUUUUUAAGUUUUUCCGGGAGGUAGUUGUUUUUUGUUCUUUCGAAAAACUAUUUAUAAUUUUGUAUAUUUCAGUGUGUUGUGAGUUUCCAGUUGUUAUAUUUGAAAUAGAUUAUUAUAUGAUUGAAUAUAUCCCGUGAAUAUUCAAAUUACACCAUAAUGGUGCUCAAAUGACCUAUUAAAGCGUAAUUUGAUUUGUAA